AUAGCCAUGGCCGCCGUUGCCGUACUCCGGAACGACUCACUACAGGCCUUCCUCCAGGACCGCACCCCCAGCGCCUCCCCGGACCUGGGCAAACACUCACCCCUGGCGCUGCUAGCCGCCACCUGUAGCCGUAUCGGCCAGCCGGGCGCUGCGGCGCCCCCGGACUUCCUGCAGGUGCCCUACGACCCAGCACUGGGCUCGCCCUCCAGGCUUUUCCACCCGUGGACCGCCGACAUGCCGGCGCACUCGCCGGGCGCGCUGCCGCCCCCACACCCCAGCUUGGGGCUGACGCCGCAGAAAACGCACCUACAGCCUUCCUUCGGGGCGGCGCACGAGCUGCCGCUCACCCCCCCUGCCGACCCCUCGUACCCCUACGAGUUCUCACCGGUCAAGAUGCUGCCCUCCAGCAUGGCGGCGUUGCCCGCCAGCUGCGCGCCCGCCUACGUGCCCUACGCGGCCCAGGCCGCGCUGCCGCACGGCUACUCCAAUUUGCUGCCCCCGCCGCCGCCGCCACCGCCUCCCACGUGCCGCCAGCUGUCCCCCAACCCGGCCCCCGACGACCUCCCAUGGUGGAGUAUCCCGCAGGCGGGCACCGGUCCGGGGAGCUCCGGGGUUCCGGGGGGCAGCCUGUCAGGCGCCUGUGCCGGCGGGCCCCACGCGCCCCGUUUCCCUGCCUCAGCAGCCGCUGCUGCCGCCGCCGCGGCCGCCGCCGCCCUGCAACGAGGCCUGGUGUUGGGCCCGUCGGACUUUGCGCAGUACCAGAGCCAGAUAGCCGCGCUGCUGCAGACCAAGGCCCCCCUGGCGGCCACGGCCAGGAGGUGCCGCCGCUGCCGCUGCCCCAACUGCCAGGCGGCGGGCGGCGCCCCCGAGGCAGAGCCGGGCAAGAAGAAGCAGCACGUGUGCCACGUGCCGGGCUGCGGCAAGGUGUACGGCAAGACGUCGCACCUGAAGGCGCACCUGCGCUGGCACACGGGCGAGCGGCCCUUCGUAUGCAACUGGCUCUUCUGCGGGAAGAGCUUCACGCGCUCUGACGAGCUGCAGCGGCACCUGCGGACUCACACCGGCGAGAAGCGCUUCUCCUGCCCCGAGUGUGGCAAGCGCUUCAUGCGCAGCGACCAUCUCGCCAAGCAUGUCAAGACGCACCAGAAUAAGAAGCUCAAAGUUGCUGAGGCCGGGGUCAAGAGGGAGGACCCGCGGGACUUGUGA